AAAAAUGAAUAGAAAGCCCAACCCAAACGAAAGGGAAGAUCCCUUGGACGUAUGUUUAUGAGUUAUUUAAUUAUUAAAUAUAACAUUAUAUUUUUGUUUAGUUUGACAGUUCCUUGAGCUUUAUGGACCCAAUUGAGAUCGAAGAAGAUUUGGACAUAACAAAUCUGGAAAGGAGUCUACUGUACGAUAUGGGAUUGAGCCCCCAACAGGCCAAUUUUCAGUUAGGAGAUUUAUCUGAAACAAUUGCACAGUUAAGCCCAGAUAGUCCAUAUGAAGCAUCGCAACCACACACAACCAACGAACAGGGUGAUGGAAGACAUCUGAUUGGAGAGGACGUGGAAUUAUCAGAUAUGGAAAGAUUCAUUUUGAAACUUAUGGAAGAUAGUGAUGAUGAGGGUGUACAGGAUAUACGACCGAAAUUGCAGAAAGCACCUCAGGUCCAAUAUUUGCCAGAAUAUCCAGAUCAAUAUGUAAGUUAAAAUUAUAAUAAUAAUAAAAGUAUCCUUAACAUAAACAAUUAUAUCUUUCAGUCGAGUAUAUUGGAACAUUCAAGAGUCUAUGAACCUACAGAGGAGGAAAGGGUAUGAAGAUCUUAGAAAUAAUUAAAUAAAUGUUAAAUUAUGUUAUGUUUUUUUCAGUUCAAUAUGUUGUCAAACAUAGAAAAAUUGAUUAUAAACACUGUAAGUAAUCACAAAUAGAAGAUCCAUCACAGAAAGUGAUUUAAAUGUUUAUUUAUUUUCAGUUUCGUUACAAUGAUGACAUCACUAAAUCAAUAAAGCAAAAAGAUGAACAAGAUGUAAGUAGUAUAUUUUAAUGUGACAAAACUUUAUUAAUUUUUGUUAACUUUCAGAAACCUUUGCAACAGUGUGACCCACUACAAUAUAUUGAUGGCAUACAAUAUGUGAGUAAAAAUUUAUUACUAUUAUGUAAAUCAAUAUAGCAUGUCUUAUGAUAACAGAAUAGUAAAAAUAUUAAUAUUGCCGUUGGUUGUCAAAAAAAAUUCUUUUAUUAAUUUUCAGACUCGACAACAUCAACUAUAUUUAUCAACAAUGGUUGGAAAUCUUCCUAAUGCAAGUAUUAUUAAGUACAUUCUUCUUAGUUAGUCAAGCAUGCUGAAAAUGUAAUUGAUUGUUCUUUAUUUCUCUUUUUAUUUUGAGCAUUAUCAAUAAUUAUAAUCAUUUUAAUUUUCAGAGAUAUUCAAAGCCAGUCAAAUCACCAACAGUGAUAACAAUUUUACCAUCUGUGAGUAUUAUUCAGUGUUUUUUUAAAUAAAUUACUCGAUUAAUGAUUUUUUUCAUAAAUUUCAGGCACGCAAUGUCUCAACUACAGUGAGGCUCCAGCCAAACGUAAGCGUUAAAAAACCACAACUAAGUGAUAAGUAAUUAAUUGUUUUAAUUAAUUUACAGGCUACAAAUGUGCCAAUGUUUCCAUACCAGCCAUAUAUUGUGGUGAGAGUGAUCGAUUGUGUAAUCAAUUUGUUCAAUCUAAUUAAUUGUUUUUUUUAUUAUUCAGUAUCAAACACCAGAAGCUGCUUCCCAGGCAUCACAGCCAACAUUAUUGGUAAGCAUUAUUUUCAUACUUGAAUGAAUUAUUUGUGCUAACAGAUUUAUUUGUUUUAGCCCCUGAAUCUAAGAUUGGUUGCACCUGCAGAAGGGGAGGUGAGUGAUUAUUAUUUAGUAAUUUAAUUUAGAUAAUUACUGCAUUAAAUAUUUUUCCUUGUUUAUACCUUAAUAUACACACACAUGCAUGAAGUAGAUAUUUCUGAAUUGUGAUAUAAUUUAAGUAUGACUAACUAUAGUGUUUUAAAAAAGUGAUAUAAUAUUUCAGAUAAUAUAAGUAAUAAGAUAUCUGGCUAAGCUCUAAUACAUAGUUGUUUAUUUAUUUUAAAAAGUUCUUAUCUUAUAUUACCAGAAUUUAAAUAAAUUGGAAAAA